AUGGAAGAAGAGCAGACGCAGAGUGUGAAUCCAAGUGAAGGAGAUGGUGAUAAAAAGGGGAAGGCGAAGGCUGUCGCUUGUAAGAAAAAUGAAGCAGCUGGUCCAUCAGAAGAUGGUGUUGGGAAAAUGGCAAAAGAGAUGGAAGUAAAGCAGGGUAAGAGUGUGAAACCAAGUCAAGACGAUCAUGCAAAAAAGGGGAAGCCACAUGUUGGUAAGAAGAAGAAAGCAAAUGCUCAGCCAGUAGAUUUGCUUCCUUUUCUACAGCGAGAAGAGAAGAGGCCAAUACGACCUAGAAACCCUCCUAUACCUGUAACACCUGAGGUAAUCCUUCCAAUUGAUCCAUUUGUGACACCUGAAUUUCCUCGGUUUUCAAGGCUUGCACACUGGAUGGAUCUACGGGGCAUAUAUCGUGUACCGUUUUAUAUCAAUGGAAAAGAAAUUGAAAAAGAGUUCUUUCAAAAAAUGGACGAUGCAGAAAAAAAUCUCAACAAAGAGCACAUAAAUGUUGCAUUUGAAAUGCUAAAUUGUAAGAGGGUUGAGCAAGGUGCUUGGUUCCGCAACAACAAUCUUCCAGCAGCAUGCUUUGUACCAGUCAAAUUCUUAGAAGUGGUUGGGUACGCUUAUGAAUCUGUCAGGAAGCCACAUAAGAAAAAAAAGUUAUUGGAGGGCUGUGUAGGCGAACUUGUGAAAGGUUUAAUACAUCCAAAGAAGGUAUGGCUGGAAGAUGUUGAUGUUAUAUAUGGUGUCAUUGAAGAUAAGUUGAGCUGUCACUAUAUUGGGGUGGAGAUACAAUUGAUGGACAACACAAUCACACUCUUCCAUUGUGGUCUUCCAAAAGCAAAUAUCAAACGUGCUCUUAAUAAAAUCCAAGAACUGGCAGGUAAAAAUAUUAAUUUUAUCAUUCAGUGUAGAAAAAUCAGUUUAAUUUAUAUUGUUACAUUGAUAAUGGAUAGGAUUGUGAAAGUAUGCGUAUCCUGAAAAAAGAAUUUUAGCUAAUUUAGAAAAUAAAAGUUUGUCACUUGCUGCUUGUGCUUGUGAUGCAUUUUUACAUAUUCAUUUUGUUGUCUGUUGGUGAUUGAUUUAUUGUAUAAUUUUGGGUAUUUAUGACAGUUUUGAUUAGUGCCAUAAAGAUGGAACUUCUUGGUGAAGAGGUUAAUUUCGAAGAUAUCAGUCCAUUUGAAGUUAAGUUUGUAGAAGGGCUUCCAAAGACAAAAUUUCCAUACAACUGUGGUAUUUUUGUUGUGAAGAUGCUGGAAUGCAGGUCACUGGGAUUGAAGAGCAUGGCUAAUAUAAAUGAUGAAACUGCGAUGGACUUACGAAGCAAGCUAUGUUGUGAGAUCUUCGACCAGUUUAUGGAUAAAGAUUUCCAGGAAGGUCAAAGGAAGUGAAAAUGUUCUGUUUUCUGUUUCUGUCAUAUUUGUUCUGUUUUCUACUCUGUUUUUCUACUUUGAUAUUAAUUAUCCCUAACGUUUAAGUUUGAGUUUGUAAUGAAUUAUCCCUAACGUUUUUUUCAUUUAGAUUGUUAUUGAAAAUUUUUUAGGAUGUAUUGAUGAAUUGUCAAAUGCUUAUGGUACUUUUAGGAUGGGUUUCCAGAAAAAGAGUGAGAAAGCAAAAUGCACCAAAGCCUAGCAUAUUCCUUUAAAGUUUACAAAAAAAAUGAAAAAGAAAGUGAUCCGAUGUUGAUUGAACUCGUGAACUCUCGAAAGAUGAAUCAAAGUGUGCAGCCGCUGUGCCAAGGGUGUUAUACUUGCCAAAAGAUAUAAUAAAACGAGAAUAACUUUUGAAUAUUUAAGUAAAAACAGAAAAAAAUUUGAGUAUACACAACGGGGAUCGAACACGCCUUAUUGUGUGAUAAGGGUACACUAAGAGUAGAAGGGCUUGCCACUAGGCUAUGGUGGAUAUUCGAUAUUAGAGUAAAUGUGAACUUAUUUAUUCACAGACGAUAGAUUUAUAUGAUCUGGAUAUCAUUUUAGGUAUUCAGGAUAGCUUUCCAAAAACAAAUUCCUUUAAAGUUUACCAAAAAAAAAAUGAAAAAGAAUGUGAUCUGAUGUUGAUUGAACUCGUGAACUCUCGAUAGAUUAAUCCAAGUGUGCAGCCGUUGUACCAAGGGUCUUAUACUUGCCAAAAGCUACAAUAAAACGAAAAUAACGUUUGAAUAUUUAAUUAAAAACAAAAAAAAAAUGUGAGUAUACACAACGGGGAUCGAACACGGCUUAUUGUGUGAUAAGGGUACACUAAGAGUAGAAGGGCUUGCCACUAGGCUACGUUGGAUAUUCGAUAACAGAGUAAAUGUGAACUCAUUUAUUCACAGACGAUAGAUUUAUAUAAUCUGGAUAUCAUUUUAUGUAUUCAGGAUGGCUUUCCAAAAACAAAUAAGCAAAUCAGAUAACCAAGAUAUAAGAACACUAGGCCAAACCAUUACAAAAUAGUGAAAAACAUUGAAUAUCCAAGAGAAACAAAAGUACUUAUUCAUUUAAAAUAAAAAACUGAAAUUCAAACAUAAUGUGGUCCUUAAAAACAUAAAAAGAGA